UUCGGUUUUGUUUCCAGUUUCAAAUACAGAUCACGUCGAAGUUCAAAGACUUCCCGAAAAAAACCAAGCAGCUCACAGUGGUUCAUUAAAAACAAGACAGAAACAUAUGACAAGAAAAUACAGUGAUAGUACUGAGCUAGCAGAGCUAUUGGCUGAACACCAAGGGCGGCAAUUAAGGAGUAUGCAAAGUAUUAACACUGGAAUACAGCAGCCUUGGGGAUCAAGCUCAAGACUUAAUGAACUUCACAUACAAACAAAUGCCUGUGACAAUGGAUUUACUGGCUACACGGGACAAAUGCCAUUAAAUAAUGGAACAGUGAUCCAAGCAAGUCAUACUAUGCCCACAGGGAUGUCAGUCCCAUCAACCAGGUCUACAAUUUCAUCUGGAUACUCUGCACCCCAUGGUCACAUCACAAAUGCUUUAACCUCACAUCGACACAGCCCCCUUAAUCUGAUCGGAGAGGGUUACACAAGCUCAUCAGGCUCACCUUCUAGAUCCAUUAGCCCAUCCAGUGAGGACAGUGACAAGUGGAGCUCAUACCUGAGAGCAAAAGAUGAGCUUAUUGGACAAAAAGAUCAGAUAAUAGACAGACAAAAGCAGAGUAUAUUUCAACUUCAACAGCAGCUAAUGCUUCAAACAAAUUCAGCCAUUCAUCAAGCUGUGCCAACUCAUUACCAUGUUAGCCGAACUCAGAGCACAGGAGACAGCAGUUCAUUGUCUUUAAAGCUACAAGAAAGUCAGUAUGAGAAUGCUCAACUAAGAGCACUUUUGUCAGAGAAGGACUCAUCUCUUGACAAAGCUCAGAAAAAACUUGGAGAAACAGAAUAUCUGAUGAAAAAUAUGGAGGCCAGCGUGAAGGAUUCAGCUGCUUCAAAUAGACAGGAACUCGAACUACAGAAACAAAAGGCGAUUAAACAAGAAAAAGCUCAGGCAGAGCUGACAAGUAAACUGGAACAGUUAGAAGAAGAAAAGUUAAAGCUCAAGAGAGAAAAGCAGAGUUUGGAGCGGUAUCUGAAGGAAGUGCCUACUGUCGAAGAAUAUCAGAAGUUAAAUAAAACUCUUAAAGAUGUUCGUGAUGAGCGUGAAAAAUUGAGAGAAACUAUAUCCGCUAAAGACAAGAAACUGGCCCGCAUGAAUAAAGCUUUUGGAAAUAAGGAUGAUGAGGCAAAGAAGUUAACAGUGGAAAAUACUACUUUGAAAGAGAACGUGCAAAGACUUCAGGUGUCUCUUGAUAAAAUCAGCAACGAUGGUCCCGUGUCACUCAUAAGCUUUGAAGAUCUCAAGAUGGAGAAUGAAAGGUUACAGGUGGAACUUGACCGAACGAAAAAGGCGUUAGAAAACAAGCACAAGAAAAUGAAAACUCUUCAUUGUCAAACACAGAAGGAGCAAAAAAGCUUGGAGGAGCGAUUAACGCAAGAGGAGGAAAUGGUCCAUGCCUUGCGGGAUGAACUUGUUGCGAAAGAAAAUUCACUCGAAGAGGUCAGGAAAGCAGUUAAGGAGAUUGCUUCUCACAACCAGGAUUUGUUGGAAGAGAAUUUAAACCUUCAAUGCCGCUGUGAGCAGUUACAAAUAUUGAAUUCGAAAGAAAAAUUAGAAUCUCAGAGAAAACUUUGGAAAGAGCUUUCUGAAUGUACAGCGGAACUCACGGCUGUGGUGCAAGUUUGUCGGGAAAGAAGAGAAGGAAAAGAUCCUGACAUGUCUGUUUUGCUUGGGCUCAGAUCAACUUCUAUGGAUGAAGACGACAGCGAAAGCAAAGACACGUCCGAUGACGUCGAUGCCGUAAAAUCGAAAAUAAACCAAGUUCAACGACUACGGUCAGAUGUGGAAGACUUACGGAAGUUUAUCUCCGAUCAAUAUGCUGAGGACAUUGGAAAUAACUGCAGGAUGCAAUGAUGAAAAGAAGUGUUUGGAAUUUGUUUCCACUUGCGGAGGGUCAAGCUAAGUGCUCAUCGCGCAAAUUUAGCUGUGGCUUA